AAAAAAGAAAAGAAGAGAAAGCGAAGCAAAACCUAGGGCUUCUCUUCUCUUCUCUUAGCUUCUCUUGUUUUCUCUUCAGUUGUUUGCUACCAGAGCUUCUCGUCGGCGAUAACCGAAAAAUCAACAAUGGCGAACUCAAUGGCAAGGUCGUUCCUUCAGGUUGCAGCAACGGAAGAGGUUGCUUCUCCUCUCCGAGUUGUCCAGAUCGAAGGGCUGGUGAUAUUAAAAAUAAUCAAACACUGCAAGGAGUUUUCACCGGCACUGGUUACUGGCCAACUUCUUGGAUUAGAUGUUGGUAGUGUCCUUGAAGUUACUAACUGUUUCCCGUUCCCGGUUCGUGAGGAAGAGGAGGAGAUUGAAGCUGAUGGAGCUAAUUAUCAGCUUGAGAUGAUGAGAUGUCUUAGAGAGGUUAAUGUUGAUAACAACACUGUUGGAUGGUACCAAUCAACAAUUUUGGGUUCAUAUCAGACGGUCGAGUUGAUUGAGACCUUCAUGAAUUAUCAGGAUAAUAUUAGGAGGUGUGUGUGCAUUAUCUAUGAUCCUUCAAGGUCAAAUCAAGGUGUCUUGGCUCUUAAGGCUUUGAAGCUAUCUGAUUCUUUUAUGGAACUUUACCGGGCUAAUAACUUUAGUGGAGAGAAGUUGAGGGAGAAAAACUUGUCAUGGGUAGAUAUUUUUGAGGAAAUUCCUAUCAAAGUCUCAAAUUCUGCCCUUAUCAGUGCGUUUAUGACUGAGCUGGAAUCUGAUACACCAGUCACACAGUGUGAUUAUGACCGACUGCAAUUGUCAACAAAUCCAUAUAUGGAGAGGAAUAUGGAAUUUUUGAUUGAAUGCAUGGAUGAUUUGUCAAUGGAACAACAGAAGUUUCAAUUUUACAAUAGGAGCCUGUCACGUCAACAAGCCCAGCAACAGGCAUGGCUUCAGAAAAGGAGGGCUGAGAACAUGGCACGAAAAACUGCCGGAGAGGAGCCUUUGCCUGAGGAAGAUCCCUCAAAUCCCAUAUUUAAGCCAAUCCCUGAGCCGUCACGGUUGGAGAGCUUUCUCAUAACAAAUCAAAUCGCUAAUUACUGCAACCAAAUCAACGGGGUUGCUGGGCAGAGCUUCAACAGAUUAUAUUUAAUGAAGUCCUUGCACGAUAAGUGAUGCGAAACUUCAAACUUGCAAUGUUUGUUGUCUGCAUUUUUGCUGUUAUAGGUGUAUUAUCUGGAGUAGUAUUACAAGAGAAAUCAAUGCUGUGAAACAUGUUUUACAAUCAAAGCUAAAAUUUUUGCAAUGUCUGAAUAGAAUGAUACUUUUAUGGGUACUGGUUUGCUGUAAUUCCAACCAUUUGCGGAUGAACAAUUAUAAUGUUGGCUUUUUUUUUUUCUUUAGAUUCUUUUUUCAAUUUAGGAAAUUUUUUAUUUACUUCACCCUUUGCCUUGAAAAAAACUUCUAUAUAGAUGUUCCCUUGGCUUGAAUGCUCAUGGAUUGGCCGGAAUAGACUAGAAAAGCAUCAUAAUUAUCAACAGCUAUAGCUCAAUCUAUCAAGCUUAAAAUGUGCUCAUAUUAAAUAUGGCAUUUGUAUAUUCGGCUUGUGUUUAUUUUGUGUCAUACAAGAAAGUUAUCGUAAUAUAAUUUGUGUUU